UACGACACGCAGCGCACAACUACCAGACCAGAGCGCUUGGCGUCCUCGUCCUCCCCCCUCCCAGCAGCCUCGCUCGCUCCGCGCCACAUCCCCGGCGCCCGGCCCGACGGCCCCGAAACCCGAUCGAACAUGGAGAGACACGGCAUGAGCGCACGGCUACCAGCCAUGCUGCUGGCAAUGCUUCUGCUGCUGGCGACCGAGCUCGCCUCCUUCGGCUGCUGCGGCCACAGGAUUCCCAGAGCGGACGUGGCGGCGUGGAGGCACGGGCGAGUGGCUUUGUCGGCGGCGGCGGCGGCGGCGACGACGACGAUGGCAGGCGCGAGGGCUACGUCCCCCUCCCCCACGUCGGCAGCCCGGGACGCUGAGGCGGUGCUCGGCGAGUCCAAGAGGCUGGUGCCGCAGGGCUCCAACCCGCUGCACAACUAGGAGGAAGCAAGCGCGUGCAGGCAGGUUCUUCGAUUCGUUCGGCUAGCUUCCAUAUGUUUUCUCCCUGGCUCAACCACACACAGUAGUGAUAGAUGUGCGCCUGUAACUGUAAUUAGCUAGCGCCGCAGCAAUAUAGGGUAGGGCUCUGGAUCCACUCCAACACAGAGCAAGAGCAAGAGUGUACAUUAACAUACAUGCAUGCUUCUUUUGCCAUGUUCUUCCGAUCCGAUCGAGCAAAUAUUUCGAUUCAUUAGAUAGGGAUUAGGCCAUUAGGGAGGAAGCAAUGAUUGCGAGUUGCUGUGUUUGGUUCUUUGCUGCGAGAGCUGGGAGCGGAGCAGCUGGCCGGGCUGCCGGCUGGGCCUGUUUUCUUCUUCUCCCGGAGUUCCGGGCAGCAGUGUGCAGUGCAGGGUGUUUAGCGUCAUUUCCGCUCGCCGCCGCGGCGACGUCGUAGUGAGCUAGCGGACAUGGGAGCCCGGACAAGCUGGUGCUUUGUCGCGCCUCGCUGAAACUAUGAUUUCGAGUUA